AUGGAUCAAAGUACUCAAUUAUUGGAUGGGGAUAAUGUGGUCGAGGAUCAAAGUUCUCAAUUUCUAUGGAGUGAAAAAAAUGAAGAGAUCUUAAUAACUUUGAUGGAAGAAGAAAGAAAGAAUGGAAAUCGAAAAGGCACCACAUUUUCUACUGAAGGAUGGAAAAAUUUAGAAGAAGGGAUGUUAAGGUUGACUAAAGAAAAGUAUACGAACUUACAAUUGAGGAAUAAAUUCAAUGGGUUGAGAGACAGAUAUAAAGUAUACAAAAAAUUUCUAUCCAACACUGGUUCAUCAUGGGACUCUGUAACUGGUCAGCAAGUCAAGCAUGCCAAGCGGUUUCGGAAAAAAGGGUGCAAACAUUAUGAUCUGCUUAGUAACUUAUUUGGUGAUACAUAUGCAACUGGUAAUCGUGCUCAUCCUUCAAAUAAAAGCCCAUGUAUUAGUGGUGAUGAGGGGGAUGAAAAUCCUAAUGAGAUCAAUGAAGUGGUGGAUACUUCUCGUCAUAGGAGUCGGUCUCCUGACCUCACUCGUACAAGAUCAACUAAAGAGAGCUUUCAAAAGACAAUUUCCUCUGCUAUGAGUGGAUUUGGCAAAUAUUUUAAGAAAAAGGCAGAGGCACUAGAUAAGGGUGGAGGCUCAAGUGGUAUGUCUCAAGUUGAUCAAGACUCCGCUAAAGUUACUGAAUGCUUGCAAAUCUUAGAAGACAUGGGACCGAUUGAUGGAGACACAUUUUUCAAGGCCCUAAAACAAUUUCGUGCAGAUCCGCUCUGGAGUAGAGUAUUUGUUAACCUUAGUGAUGAGAAGAAGCGGGACUGGCUUGAAAGACUGCAACUGGGACUAGAUUGA